UAGGUGUCUCUUAGCCAUGAGUGCACUCGUGCCAUAAUGAAGCUGGUGUACUGUCCGUAUUGCCGGGGCAUGUCUAGUGUGAAGCCGUGCAACAACUACUGCCACAACGUCAUGAAGGGCUGCCUGGCCAAUCAAGCAGACCUGGACACGGAAUGGAGGAACCUGAUUGAUUCUAUGCUGCUCGUGGCUGACCGGUUUGAUGGACCAUCCAAUGUAGACACUGUAAUUGGUACCAUUCACACCCGGAUUGCUGAAGCCAUUUCUAACAUGCAGGAAAACAGAGAGUCUGUCACAGCCAAGAUUUUCCAAGGUUGUGGAAAUCCCAAAAUCAGCACAAAAGCAUCCAGUGGAGAGGAUAAGAAAAGAAGGGGAAAAGCUGUCAACGACGAUAAAUCCUUGGGGCUUGGACUGGAGAAGCUAGUUUCUGAUGCCAAAGGGAAGCUGAGAGACAUCAAAGAUUACUGGGUUGCCCUUCCAAGCACAAUUUGCAAUGAGAAAAUAACAUCCAGCUCGGUGAAUGAGGACAAGUGCUGGAACGGAAUGGCCAAGGGGAGGUAUUUACCAGAGGUGAUGGGAGAUGGUCUGGCCAAUCAGAUUAAUAAUCCAGAGGUAGAGGUGGACAUCACCAAGCCAGAUAUGACCAUUCGUCAGCAAAUCAUGCAGCUCAAGAUCAUGACAAACCGACUGCGCAAUGCUUACAAUGGGAAUGAUGUGGACUUCCAGGAUGCUAGUGAUGACAUCAGUGGCUCUGGGAGCGGUGAUGGCUGCCCUGAUGAAGUCUGCGGCAAAAGACUUUCCAAGAACCCCAGCACCAGGCAGCCAGAAGUACAUGCUAUUCCGAACCAGUCUGGACGUGGCGUAAAGGGGGCCAGCAGCAAAUUUUUGCCUUCCUCCUUGCUAAUCUUCCUUUCUGUGGCUGUUAUUGCAACGCAGUACUUGCGGCGGUAACUUACUUGCACAGCCAUGAAAGAGACUGUGGCUGAGGUCUUAACUUUGCCAAAAAAAUAAAAAAUAAAAAAUAAAAAGGACAAUAUUUAAUUCAUCUUGGCAAAAAAGAGGGAGGAAAAAAAGGUCUCAAUUGUUUGUGAUAUCUGGCAGUGCUAGAGCUGUUGCAUCCUUGUUUGGUCUUUUUUGAAUGCUGGGCCCUUCUUUCCGUACCUCAUUUUGUAUUUCAUUGUUUUGCCACAAAGAGGCUCUUUGGGGCAUCAAACAAGCCUUUGCAGAUAGGGGAAAAGAAAAAAUUAUCUUCAGAGGGUCACGAUUUGACUGACUGCAGUGGAGUAUGCAGUUGACCUAAUAUUGUUAUACAACCGUAGCCAAGAAUGCCACUUACCACAUUAACAUCUAAAGGACGACAGUUUAGAGCAGUGCAACUUUUACAAUUAGGACUGACAACAGCAGCAAGCACUCUGUUCUAUUCAGGAACUAUUUCAUGGUUUUCUACUGUAUUUCUUAAGCAGGCAGAGAGAUGAUCCUUCACUCAUUUGCUUUGAUGUACGUUUUUCAACUAAUUCCUUCUGCUAAUACAAACUCGAUUAGCAAUGGGAUUCCUUAUCCAAGCAUUUGCAAUGAAAAAGCAACAGUCCUUUCACUUACAAGUACACAGGUUGUUUUGUUUACUAAAAUUAGCCAUCAGCGGCAAUUAAUAAUGCUCCUACUUUGAAGUGAAUGGGAGUGAGUUUUAGAUUUUGCGUGAUAUUUGGAAACCACUGAAGUUAGCUAUUAAUGAUAGUCUAAUCUAGACCUGCAAUCCAGUAUCACAGUAUGCAACAUUGAGGUGAAAAUAUGCAGGGUGAGAUUUGUCAUUUGAGAGGUUUGUUUCCAACAGGAGACUGAAGCUCUUUGUUAAUGACCUUCUACCAGAGGGAUCGUUGCAAAUUGCCGUUUUGUGAAGUCUUGCAUAUUAAUACACAUAGAGUUAUGAGGCCUAAAGCAAUAAGUUACAGUAUUGGGAGUCAGUGGGUUAUUACUUACUUCUCUUGGCAGUUUGUGUGCCCAGGAAAAUGACUCAGACGUAAAAUCUGGGCUUUCAGAUUCUUCUUAAGUGAAUGCCUGCUCGCCCCCACCCCCCAACUUCACCACUGCAGUGACUAAA